GGUGUGAGCACUGGCCUGGUCCGCGUUGAUCGGGGUGGGGGGGGGGGGCCGGCCCGGUCCACCGUCCUCCUCCUCCUCCUUCCCUCUGUGGUUCAGGCUUCAAACCCUUCAUGGCUCUUUCAUAGCGCUCCCAUUUGUUCGUGUUCGCACCAGCUGCUCGAGGUCAGUUUUCGACCGACAACGCGAGAGUGCCAGGGGUUUCUACGCCGGAAGGGGAGGAUAUUCAGAGGGGAAGCGAAGUGAAGCGUUGCAAACGGAGACUUAGCGACUAGCAUGAAACAGGAGACCACCGAGUAGUUCUGCAGCCUGUGGUAGCAAUCGUUGAAGAGAGACACAAUGAGUGGUUACAACUCUGUGUUCAACCCUUCGCAGCCGGAGCCGAGUGUGCCCAUCAACGGAGGUGGCUUAAGUGAAAACAAGAAGUUUAGCUAUGGCUUUUCCAGUUUACGUGGGAAGAGGGCCUCUAUGGAAGAUUUUCAUGAUACCAAAAUAUCAAAAGUUGAUGGUAUAAUUGUUGGUUUGUUUGGCGUAUUUGAUGGACAUGGUGGUUCCCGAGCAGCUGUUUAUGUUAAGCAAAAUCUCUUCAAGAACUUGUUAGAACAUCCUCAAUUUGUCACUGACACGAAGGUCGCAAUUGCUGAGACCUACAAGCAAACAGAUAAUGAGUAUCUUAAGUCUGAGAACAACCAGCACCGGGAUGCAGGAUCAACUGCCUCCACGGCUGUUCUGGUUGGAGAUCGUCUACUUGUUGCCAAUGUAGGUGACUCAAGGGCUGUCAUUUGUAUCGCAGGAAAAGCGAUUGCCCUUUCCACUGACCACAAACCAAAUCGAUCGGAUGAACGACAACGCAUUGAAAAAGCUGGAGGAGUGGUCAUGUGGUCUGGCACUUGGCGUGUAGGUGGCGUUCUUGCAGUCUCUCGGGCGUUUGGUGACCGAUUGCUCAAAAAGUAUGUUGUUGCGGAACCAGAAAUUCAGGAUCAGUUGAUCACCAGCGAUGUCGAGUUUUUGGUGCUCGCCAGUGAUGGUCUAUGGGACGUUGUGUCAAACCAGGAUGCUGUGACAAUGGUGCAGAAUGUUCAGGAUGCUCAAGAGGCUGCCAAGAGGUUGACAGACGAAGCCUACAAGAAAGGAAGCGCUGACAACAUUACUUGUGUCGUUAUUCGAUUCCAUCACAAUUUUUAGGUUUCUGUCGAUGUGUCUAUAUUAACGCCCUCUUCCUCGAAACCAUUCAGUAAUUUUUCGUAUUAAGUAUAUUUGGCAAAUGGUACUGCCAGUUUUGUGACCAGGCUGGUGGAUGUGAUGAAGGUAGAGAGAGCACCAAGAUAUGCACAAGUUGGUUAGGUAGAGCUCGAUUUAUAUGCUUGAAUCAAUGCAGAAAGUCUGUAAUUUAAGAUGUUCAGCCUAGUCCAAAAUGGUUUACCUUGUCAUUGUUAUCGACGUCGAGGGACUCGGUUACAACAAUUUCAGGGUAUUUAUGUUGCAGGUCCUCUUCAGGGUUUUCGUUUGAACUAGUUCCGUACUAUCCUAAAUUUUUCAUUUACAAUUUCUUCUGCUCAGUUGGCUGGUGAAAAUGAGGGCUGACAUUUCCGAUCGAGCAGAUGCUGGCUAAUUAGGUUCUGUACCUCACGUUCCUUCGACACGUCACCUUUAUAUCCGACAGUCUUGUAGAUAGCCGCCUCCGUGAAAUAUCUUGUUGAUUUGGGACGGUCAACGCUAGAAGUACUAAGGGCCUGGACUGCCGAAAUCAAAACGUUGACCCCGCAAAUUUUCAUAACAUCUCCGGCUUCUGUUUUGGGAACUUCUAUCAGAAGUAUAUGGAUCUUGAAUCCUUGCUCGUUCAGUUGUACUGUAGACCUUUUUCUGGAACCUUUUUGUUCUUUUCUCCUGUCAUUAACGACUAUUUAUUGAUUGGCCUGAA